AUGGAUAAUCUCGAGGCUUUAAUACAUUCAAAAAAAAAGGAGAUUAGUGACAAAUUAGGCAAGAAGAGCUGGAUAUCUCGUGGUAAAUUACGUAAGAUAGAAGAGGAAGAGCUUUUAAAAAAACAAAAAGAAAUAGAUGCAAAGAGAAAGUUAUCAGAUGAUAUAGAGGAUGAAAUCAGUAUUGAAGUUAAGGAACGGAAAAAAGAUAAUGAAUAUUUAGAUGUACUAGAUGAAUAUAACAAAACUACUAAGACAAUACCUAGUAAGUUUGACGUAAUAUAUCAUUUAAGGCUUUUAAAUGAGCCUGCAACAUUAUUUGGGGAAAGUGAUGAAGCUAGAUAUAAUAGGCUCCGUAAGGCUGAGUUAAGAGGACAAGCAAAUAUUGAAUUAAAGAUUGGGCAACAAAAUACAUAUUUAGAAGGUUUAGGAACAAGGAUGCCACUUUAUUCAGUAAAUAAUGAUAAAGAAGAAGAGAUAAGUAUUGUUAGUGAAGAUAUUAAGCAAGAGAACAAUGAAUCUAAAGGUGAAUUUGUAUUGCGUUGGAUUUCAAUUCAAUUGGAAGAGUUGAAAAAACAAUUAAAAAAUAGAAGUAUUGAAGAAGCUGAAAGUAAUAAGGGAAAACAAGAAUCAGCUCAAUAUUACCAGACUGAGAGAGAUCUGAAGCCAUUAAUAAGAUUAUUAAGAUCAGAGUCUCAAAUGGACAAAGAAGUUUUAGAUAAGCUUUAUGAAAUAGUACAAUAUUGUUGUUCACGUGAAUACAUUAAAGCUCAUGAUAAAUACAUAGAAUUGGCUAUUGGAAAUGCUCCAUGGCCAAUGGGGGUUACAAUGGUUGGUAUUCAUGAAAGAGCAAGUCGUACAAAAAUCUUUUCAUCACAUAUAGCUCACGUUUUGAAUGAUGAAACAACACGCAAAUAUAUUCAAAUGUUUAAGAGAUUAAUAACACAUUGUCAAAGACAAAGACCAACUGAUCCUUCUAAAAUGGUUUUGAUUGGAAAGUUUGAACAUAAAUUGAAUAAAUAA